GUGCGAGGUGGAGAGAACAGGAUUCAGCCCCACGGUUCCUAUCGGACAGUUAUGCACACUAAACUAUAUGGAGUAACACGAGUGGGCGUUUGUGAUGUACUGCCAGCAGUCGGCUUGGUUGACAGGUGACAGGUCGUUCUUUCGCUGCCCCUUCCCCUUCACCCCCAGUCCCCGACUCCAUUUGGCCUCCUACACCUACACACAUGCAUGUAUUGGGGCGGAGCCGGAGCGGGCUCCCACAGCUGUCAGCGAUCAGAUCCCACGAGAUGCGCAGGUACGGGGGAGGGACGGAACGAGGAAACUCUGGAGUCGACUCAUAACGGUGUUGUACCUAUCCGACCGAUCUUCGUGUUCGGACUGUAUUGGAUUGGAUCGCAUGUCUUUCUCCCCCUCGUCAUUUACAUACCAACCGGUCGAGCGAGUCACAGAAAUUCACUCGCUGUUUUAUCGCCGUUGCUGCGGUAACGCACAGUAUCACUCGUCGUGUGAGGGCGAGAAAGAGGAUUCAGACGAACGAGGACCGCGGGCGGAGGAAAACACGGGCGGCAGGGAUAAAAAACUGGACUUCUUAGUGGAACUCACAGGAGGUUGGACCGGGCGAGAACUGGACUACCUAGUACCUUCAUUCUCUCAUUCUCUCUUUCCUUCUGCAUUGCUGUCUGUCUUUCUGUCUUUCUUUCUAUCUGUCGGGUUCAGUGGAGAGGGUUCUACGGUGGUCGCGCCGGAGGAGGGUUGCGCCUGGAGGGUGGUGCGGGGAGGAUUGAGCGGGGAGGGCUGGGCGGAAAUCAAUAGGGAACCGGUAUCGAGCUCGCGACCGGCCAGCGGUCCGAGACAGCCGGGCGGAAUACGACACGUAAUCUGUCAUGCUCUACUAAGGUCGAAUGCAAUGAUGAUUAAACAGAAAAUCGUCGUGUGUUUCUUGUUCGUUUCCUGUUCGUUUCCUCUUUACUUGGCACCGCGGAGUCCUCAUAUCUUCGAUCUUAUGAUUUGUUAAUGGGGAUGAGGAGCUGUCUGCAAAACCGGACUUCGAGAUCU